UAAAAAAAGGAAUAAUUGUUCGUGUGCAGUGAAAAACUACGUAACGAUUCACUUAUUCAUUGCUACGCACUUUGAAUUUUUUGUUAAAUAAUCGAAAAUCGUUUAAAGUUUAACUGUUUCGAAGAAGACGUUAAGGAGUGAGAGGUGCGAGGGGUUGAGAGUAAAGUUGACGCUGCUUACCUCGAGGUUAUCACAAUUUCAUCGCGAUAGAUCAUUGUAUUACAUCAAUUGUCAUGACGGAAACACAUUCUGAUAUUGGAAAGAUAAUUUGAAUUGAAUUUUAUUUUUGGGAAUGGGAAAUUUGGAAAUAAAUAUUGCGAAGAAUCCAUUGAAAUUGUUCAGAACAUUUUUAGUUGAUUCGUACAGUAGAGGUUAGACAAAAUUACAACUUUUGUUAAUGAAUGAAGUUUUCGAAAUUAAUAAGAAAAAUUUCUUAGUUGGUUAACUUAAAAAUAUCCGACAUUCGAGUCAACAAAUAAACAUUGCAAACUUGGUUCAGAAAAUGAUUCAUUUUUCCUUCCAAUGGGGAGCGUCGAAAACGUAUAAUUUUCAUUUUCUAAUUUGAUUUAGAAAGAUGGAUGGAUGUAGAAUGGUCUGAAACGAAAAAAUACGAAGUUUCGGGACCAUGUGUUUAUGUGUGGGUGUCCGGCACACUUUCGGAGCUCGAUUUCUGGAAAUGGAUCGUUGGAAAUUUUUUAAAUGAAAAAUCCAAAUUCUCAGACCAUGUCAACAAAUAGAACAAUGGAAGAAAACUUUGUCAGCGUAGUGCUGAAAGAAGAGUCCGACCGCCUUCUACCCACUUCCUACAUUGAGGACAUCUGUGCCUCGACCUUCGAGAAAGUGUUCCUGCCUAUAGAGACCCAGGAGGUCGAUUUUCCCAAUGAAAUGGUGAUGAUAACAUAGAGUGAAAUUAGAUUUAGAGGAUCAAAACGCCCACCACACUUGGGUCUCCCAGAUUGCCAGCACGAGUUCCUCCUUCAGACUCCACAUGAACCACCAAGUAACUCCAAAAACGAAAGAAGAUACAGAAGAGCAAGAUGAAGAUAAAGAGGAAAGACGAGGAGGAGGCGAACAACGCCUACAAAAACAAGAAAUACUGAAAAAAUUCGAGACACGUACUAAACUGGCCAAAAAAUUGCGAAUAACAGUUCCAGCUACGAACAUAGAAGAGGCUCUGACCCACGAGGGCUACCCCAGUAUUUCCCACACCUCAAAAUUCUGCAAGAUCCAGUGUUCACUCUGCAACAAAUGGUUCCUAAACAAUGAAUCAAUGAUAGCCCACCUCCGCUCCCACUCGUCCUCCCUCAUCUGUCAAAUUUGCCAGGAGAUCUUCUCAGACGAUCAUGCCCUCUACUCCCACAUGUUGAAGCACAUGGAGACAAAAAUCCCUACCCCAUCUGUCUCUUCGAAGUCUCCCCUGGAAUGUGGAAUCUGUAGCAAAGUAUUUUCCUUCAAAAGUUGUCUUCGAAGUCACCUACAGGCACAUUUGACUCAGUCAUUAACCGACUAUUGUGCCUGCCAUCAUGAUCAUAAUCUCCAAGAAGAUAAUGAUAAAGCCUCCUCUCCAUCAAAUACCUCUUGUAAACUCUGUGAGCAACACUGCAGAGAAGAAGCACCAGGGAAAAGCAAGAAAUUAGACUCAAGAGAGCAUAAAAAUAAUACCAAAAAUAAAUCGCAAGCAGUGAAACCGUUUCGUUGUGCUUUGUGUCCCCUGUCUUUUGCCCAGAGGACACCAUUGAAGAACCACAUAAUGACUCACAGUGAGGAGAGGCCCUUCGCCUGCACAAUCUGCGAGAAGACUUAUAAAAGGAAUUCAGAAUUGAUUAGACACACGAUGGUGCACACUGGAGAACGUCCUUAUGAAUGUAAAGAGUGUCUCAUGACGUUCAGGGAGAAAACCAAGUUGAACUCUCACAUGGUGGUGCACACAGGUGAGAAGCCCUUCGAGUGCCACAUCUGUCAUAAAUUCUUGGCGAGAAAAUCGGACUUGACGAGUCACAUGUUGUCUCACACUGGGGGACAGUACGACUGUAAGAUAUGUGAGAAAAUAUUCACCAGAAAGUCUGAUCUUAAUAGACACGUGUUAGUGCACACUGGCGAAAAACCAUUUGCCUGUGAUUUCUGUGAUAUGGCCUUCAGGGAGAAGACGAGGCUCAAUGCUCACCUGGUGAUGCAUACUGGGGAUAAGAGGCAUGCUUGUAGAAUCUGUGAAAAGAGGUUCAAGGAUAAGUUGGGGUUGAAGAAACAUAUGAUUGGACAUGCCGGGGAUAGACCCUAUGUGUGUUUUAUUUGUAAGAAGAGUUUUAAGAUGAAAAGCACGUUGGUUAGUCAUGUGCAGGUGCAUGAGGGGGAGGGAGAAGAGGAGUAUAGGAAGGAUGAGGAGAGUUUUGAGGAUGAGGGAAUCUUGAGGAAACAUUUCCUGGAGCUCGUGGGGGAGAAGGAGAGGAAGAAGAUUAAAAGUGAAGGAGAUGAGUUCGAGGAUAUGGGACAGAGCAGUGCGUGAACAUUUGGAAUUUUUGGACUUUCGAGUUUUUUUACGGCGAAAGGUGUGAUUUAUUCAGUAGCGAGAGGCGAUAGGACAAUGAGGUGAAUUAGUUUCAUUUGAAAAUCAGUUUUUGAGAAAUAUCUUUGAACAGAAGGAAACUGGCAAAUACCUUGGAAAGGUUGUUUUUCACUGAGAGAAAAACGAACAAGUUGUCAAACGAGUCUUAUUUGGGUCAACAAAAUCGCUAGUUGAAAAUUACCAAAAAAAUAAUGGUUUGGUUCGAAUUUAAAAGUCUCAAACAUGA